AUUCAAGCUGGCUUCUUUAAUAGGCAUGCUCAUGCUCAUUGUUUACAGUAAUGAUUUCAUUCAUCAAAAUCGUAUCCUUAUCAAUAACAGAAUCAAUUAUAAUUACGCGAGUGUCGAUCCUUCAUCACCACUCGUAGAUGAGACGCGGACCAGUAGAGAUACAAGGUGGGGGUGCAUGGUGGCUCUGAAUUUUUGUGUUUUCCGAAAGUGACUUAAGUUCAAAAUGACUGCAAUGCAGGGUAGUCCUAACGGACAAAGUAAAAGUUUCGAGGAGGCUGUGUCUUUGACUGGCUUCGGAAAAUUCAACCUGUACGUUAUACUGGCAACCGGAGGAUGUCUCAUGUGCGUGAUAAUUGAAACGUUGAACUCCAUGUUCAUAGCCCCGGCCGCUAAAUGUGAUCUGAAUCUCAGCCUAGGAGACAAAGGACUCCUCUACUCUAUUAGCUUCCUGGGUGUGGUAUCGGGUUCGCAUCUCUGGGGCUAUCUGGCAGACACCAGGGGUAGAAAAUUCGUAACUUUGUUUUCUUUACUUUCCAGUGCUGUGUUCAGUUUCAUAGGUAGUCUCAUAUCGCUCACCUGGCUGUUUAUGGUGCUGAGAUUCGUUAAUGGAUUUUUAAUCGGUGGAUCGUCAGCAAUCAUCUACGCAUACGUAGGCGAAUUUCACGACAAUAAAUACCGAGCGAAAGUAGUAUCAUGGAUAUCCACCUUCAUAGCGCUGGGCAACAUGUACCUACCAGGUCUGGCUUGGCUCAUUCUCCCUGAGGAAUGGUCCUACGAAAUAAGCGGCCUGAACGUCAGCUUUCGGCCGUGGCGAUUGCUUAUGAUCGUAUACUCCUUACCGUGCCUCUUUUUCGCUGUGCUCGUCUUUUUUUUACCAGAAAGCCCAAAGUACUUGAUCUCACAAGGAAAGCACCAAGAAGCCUUAGCUAUUCUGAGGAAAAUAUUUUCUAUCAAUUCCGGAAAAAGUGAGGAUGAAUUUCCAGUGAGUUCAAUAAUCUGGGAGGAAACUUCUGAAGUGAACCAUGAGAAAAACGAAGGUCUGCUGAGGUCCAUGUGGGAACAAACGGCACCGCUGUUCAGGAAAGAAUAUCUGCUGAGGACCAUGAUGGUCAGUAUGUUGCAGUUUAUCAUGUUUUUCACGACUGCAGCGGUAAUCAUGUGGUACCCAACAGUUCUGAAUCUCAUGUCUGAAUACGGAGAAGUAGUUUCACAGAGCGAGGUAACCAUGUGCAAAUCAGUCAUGUACGAUCAAAACAAUAAAAAUGUGAAUAUAACACUAAAUCCACCAGAAAAUGACACCGUGACAAAACUAUUGGUUUCUGAUAGUUGUUCUGAUACAGUAAACGAGAGCGUCUUCUUAGUUUCCUUGAUAGUAGGAGGUUGUUACGCUGUAUGUUACAUCUUCAAUGGUACUUUCAUCAACAUCAUCGGAGCCAAAAGACUUCUCAUAGGAAUCAUGAUUGUUACGACGGUGUGUGGAAUUUGCGCACAAUUAUUGCACGGCUAUACUGUCAUUCAAAUAACAUUAGGUAUUUUCCUAAUGGUUGCCACCGGAGUAGGGGUAGUCAAUGCAGUUGUUGUGGAUUUAUUCCCGACGCAAAUUCGUGGAAUGGCUCUUGCUGUGUCGCUGAUGUUUGGAAGAUUUGGUGCCGUUACGGGCUCUAACACGGGGGGUUUAAUUGUAUAUAACGCAUGCGAUUAUCUGUUUUAUAUUUGUGGAGCAGCUCAUAUAGUGGUCAUCAUCAUUGUCCUGCUGAUGGCAUCCCAGAAAAAACCAACAAAAGAAAAAGUUCCUGCUUAGCUAUUCAAUCAUAUAUAAAUUGUAUAUAGAAAUUAAUUUAUUGAUUACGUAAUAAAUUUGUGAUGUUGUC